AUGGCACACAAAAAACCAUCGAGCGAAGAGCGCAGCACGUAUGGCCAUGCACAAAAGAUGUGUGCCUCUAUGACAUACGCAUUUGGUAGGCUCCAGGGCCUUGGGAAUAUGUGGUGGCACAAGUCAGAUGUUGGGGGUGGUAUCAUGGUUGGCAAUCCCUCCAUAUCAACAGAAGUGUCCUCUUUCAUGUGCUCGCUCCAACGUCACAAGGUCAAGGCUGGCGAAGUGGCAAAUAGUGCCCAUGCCAUAACGACGCCUGGCGAGCGUCUUAGCUCGCACCGCUGGGGUGGUGGCCGUGCUCGGAGGCUGUUGCAGGCCGCAUAUACCCUAGCGUUUGUGUGUAUGCUGCGCUUUGAUGAGGUCCUCAAGAUCCAGGCCCAUGACUUAGAGUGUUUGAGAAGGGGAACGGAGGUGUGCGAUAUGGACAUGCUGAUGUUGAUUUUUUUCGUGUCUAACUAUCAUCCAGAUAUCAAACCAUUCCAUCUGUGGGUCUUCCCACCGCACGAGGCCCACAUCUGCCCUGUCAGGGCCCUCACAGCCUGGUUGGGCGAGUCAAGGAUUGAGUCUGGGUAUGCCAACACCCCAAUGGCCUCCGAACAAUUCUUAGAGCUUUUCUGCAACAACCUGCUGGACAUUGGCAUCGAUCCAGCCCCAUAUGGCACCCAUUCGCGCUGGGCACUAAGGAAGAUCUACCCCCCCACUGUCAAGUGCCCACACUGUGGGAGAUGCUGCCCUUGUGGCUGA